AUGACCGAAAAUUCUGCAAAUCAAUGGUAUUUAUCGUUUUUGGCAAAUCGCCCGGUCGAAAUCAAGCGCAAAAUUCAACAUAAUUUGAAGUCGGAAGGUUAUGCGCUGCGGAUUGGCAAAUUAUACUCAAAAGAGGUGAGAAAAUCCUAAAAAUCUCGAAAAAUCGAUAAUUUUACAUGCAAAACGCUCCAAAUUCCAUGAAAAAUUCAAAAAAUAAAUCAGAAAAUGCGCCCCACCGCUAAUUUUCUAGCAAUUUCCUCUUAAAACACGGAAAACGGCUUGAAAAACAGAAAAAAACAAAAAAAUAAAAUCAAGGCGCAUGGAAUUAUGCGAGCGGGUCUCGCAGCGCGCGUGUACUUCUCCCGGACAAGAUGGGGAUUUUUUUUGUGCGGAAAAUUGAAUUUUCACGGUUUUCACGGGUAAAUGGUGGGAAAAUCGAGAUUUUCUGAGGAAAAAUGCCACGUGGCAAUGAGAAAAAUCGAUAAUAGUCAUAUUUGAUGUCAAAAAAUCGCAAAUUCUUUCAGCUCAAGCCCGGAGCAAGUUACCGUAUCUCGGCCUUCUUCUACGAUCGUCAAACCUCGCAAAUGUUUGGCAGGCCGUGUCACACAAAUUGGAUUGAAGUUAGCGAAAAUCAGCAGCAAGAAUGCGAGUUCUACGAAGAGCUAUUCUUCCACGCCCCGAUUUUGGACGAGAAAAUUUUAUUGAUUUUUGAAUUUGUCGAAAAUGGCGGGAACGAAAAAUCGAUUGGUUGGACAAAACGGCCAAUUCAAAUACAAAAUGAGGCGAUUUUUCGAGUUGCUCGAACUUCCGGCGGAAAUUUCGACAAACCUGAAAACCCUGGAAAUUUACGCGGGAACUCCGAAAUGCCUCAUUUUUGGGCAGGAUGA